AUGGAAAUCGGCGUGGAGGACAUUCUCGUUAUAAAGGCCUCUUGUGAUGGCAGCAAUCGCCGCCUGACCCUGCGUCGCACGCCGGAUCUCUCAAUAUCCGCCCUCCAUGAUCACCUGAAGCAGCUUUUCUGCAUCGGCAGCGGCGGUGACGGGAAUAGUUUAGGCGGCGGCGUGCGGGAGAGGCUCGUGGUGACUUACCGCGACUCGGAGGGCGACUCGGUUGAUCUUAUAGACGACAGGGAUUUAAAGGACGCGCUGUUUUUACAGAAGCUGAAUCCGCUCAGAUUGAGAGGAGGAGGAGCAGGGGGGAGAGUGCCGCUGUCAGGCCCUGUGGGCGGGCAAGGGAAGGGCGUGGAUGUUGAGGAGAAGGGGGAUGAGGCUUACCUUGCUGCUGCAGCUGCAGCGGCGGCAGCAGCGGCGGCGGCGGCAGCAGCGGCGGCGGUGGUGCAUGAGGGGAUCGAGUGUGACCUGUGCCGUAUGUGCCCUAUUGUGGGGGCUCGUUACAAGUCCAAUGUCCUGCCAGACUUUGACCUGUGCCGAGCAUGCUACGAGGCGGAUGGGGAGCAGGGUUGCUACGAUGACACCACCACCGCAUCCGCCAUGCUGCGCCACGCCUUUCUCGCAGCGAUGCUGCUUGCUGCAUUGUUCGCCGAUUCGGCCAGCGCAACGGCGCGGCUCCCUGCGCCCACAACGGCACCCACAACGGCGCCCAAGACGGCGCCCAAGACGGCGCCCAAGCCGGCACCCAAGCCGGCGCCCAAGCCGGCGCCCAAGCCGGCGCCCAAGCCGGCAAUUCCUGGAGGAUCGGGAGCGGAUAUCGUUGUGGCGAAGGAUGGGAGCGGAGAUUACACUAGCAUCAAGGCUGCGCUGGCUGCUGCCAAAUCCGGAACCGCAAAUCGCUACUUCGUCAUUCUCAUCAAGGCGGGGACGUACACCGAGCAAGCAGCGCUGUCCGGAUCCCUGAGAUACAUUGCGCUCGUGGGCGAGAGCGGCACGAAGAUCACAGCGUCGAAUUACGCGGGCCAGUCGAACCUGAACGACUGCGCCACGUUCCAGCUGGCGGCGUCGGACGUGGUCGUCUCUAACAUCAUUUUUGAAAACGCGCACGGGCCGGGCGAGCAGGGCGGAGACCAAGACCAAGCAGUGGCCGUGAAAGUCAACGGCACCCGCGUUGCCUUCUACGGAUGCUCGUUCCUCGGGUAUCAGGACACCUUGUACGCGCUAUCGGGCCUCCAGUACUACAAGAAUUGCGUCAUCCAGGGCCGCGUGGACUUCGUAUUCGGCGAUGCCAAGGCGCUGUUCCACGACUGCAAUUUCCACCUCGUCUACUGGGGCGGCGGCUACUUCGCGCAAUCCCGCCAAAAGGGCGAGGAUACCGGCUUCGUCGUUCUCGGGGCCGGGUCGGUUCGUCCGGAGGGUUGGGGUUACGUGGGUGGUAACAAGCGCAUGCACCAUGUUACUUUUGGAGUGUACGGGUGCUACGGGCCUGAUUACAACACCACGGGAUGGGACGACACCUCGAUGAUUUUGACUGCGUCACAAGCAGCCCCGUAUUCCUCUAUCAGCUACGUGAACGACGGAGGAUGGAUCGUGGACCCGAACACGCUGGUGCGCGGUGUGGGAGGCAAGGUGAACAACAACAGUGUGAAAGGAGCGAAGGGGGUUGCUGCUGGCGGCCAGGGUUCUGCCAAGGGUGCCGCUUCGACCCCACCCGCGCCGCCUGCACCCACUUCAACUGACACGGGAAGCAGCAAGGGCAAGAACAAGAAGAGGCACCAUCACAACAACUAG